AGAAGUGUAUCAAAGCAAAGGAAUUACAAUUACCAGCUUGGAUAUCACUUUUAUCACUUGGACUGCUGCUUCAUCUCAAAGUAAUCUUCACACAAUCAUCACCAAUGGCCGAAGCAAUUUUGUUCGGUUUGGCUGAGACCCUCCUUGAAAAGUUGGGCUCUCGGGCAUUUCAAGAGAUUGGAUUGGCAUGGGCUGUCAAAGACGAAGUUCAAAAACUUAAUCACAUCAUUUCCAUACUCAAGAACGUGCUUUUGGAUGCAGAGGAGCAAAGUAGCCAUAACUGCAAGAUCACAACUUGGCUUCAAGAGCUUCAAGAUGUCAUUUAUGAUGCAGAAGAUUUGCUCGACGAUGUCUCUACCACAGCUUUGCAACAAAAGGUAAUAACCCAAAAGAAACUCGCGAGAAAGGUGCGCCUUUUCUUUUCGAGCUACAAUCCGAUUGUGUUUGGUCUGAAGAUGGGUCAUAGGAUUAAGGCUAUUAGGGAGAGAUUGGAUGAACAUGCAAAGCUUAAGAACGAUUUCAACUUAACUGAUCAACCCACGGAGUCUAGACUACUUAAAUAUAGGGAGAAGGAGCAAACUCAUUCCUUUUUUCCUCAAGAAAAAGUUAUUGGGAGGGAAGAUGACAAAAAUAAAAUAGUGGAUCGUUUACUGGAUAGCAAUCCUGUUGCUGUUGGGGAUAACUUUUUAGUCAUUCCAAUUGUUGGAAUUGGGGGCCUAGGAAAAACUACUCUUGCUCAAUAUGUGUACAAUGAUGAGAAAAUUGGAAAACAUUUUAAGCUAAAAAUGUGGGUUUGUGUGUCAAAUGAUUUUAAUAUGAAGAGAAUAGUUGAAAAUAUUUUAGAAUCUGCAACUAAGAAGAAAAUUGAGGGGGGCCUUAAGAUAGAUAUACUGCAAGAUCGCCUUCGGAAAGAAAUUGGUGGUAAGAAAUACUUGCUUGUUUUAGACGAUGUUUGGAGUGAGGAUCAUACAUUGUGGGACAAACUAAAAGAUUUGUUAAAUGUAUGUGCAAGUGGAAGUAAGAUUAUAGUAACAACUCGGAGCCAUAGGGUUGCAGAAAUCACAAGCCCCGUUGAACCAUAUGUUUUGAAAGGUCUUGAUGAGCAGAGGUCCUGGGAUUUGUUUAAGAAAAUGGCAUUUAAACCAGGAGAGGAGCCACAAAACCAAGUGGAAAUUGGGAAGGAGAUUGUAAGAAAGUGUUCAGGCGUUCCUCUUGCCAUACAGACUUUGGGAAGCCUGUUGUGCUCCCAAGAUACCAAGUACUGGUUAUCCAUUAAAAAUAAAGAAUUUUCAAAUAUGGAUCAAGAAGAAAAUGAUAUCAUACCCGUCUUGAGGUUGAGUUAUGAUGACCUCCCAUCAUAUUUAAAGCACUGCUUCGCCUACUGCUCAGUAUAUCCCAAAGAUUCUGAAAUUAAGAAGCGAACCUUGAUCCAACUUUGGAUGGCAAACGGUUUCCUUCAUUCACAGGAUGGAAAACAAUGUGCAGAAGAAAUUGGGGAUCAGUAUUUUACGGAGCUAUUAAGGAGGUCCUUUUUUCAAGAUGUACAAAGAAAUAAACGGGAUGAUGAUAUAGAGAGUUAUAAAAUGCAUGAUCUGAUGCACGGCGUUGCAGAAUUGGUUGCUGGAGAAGGAAUUUGUCGUGGGAGCUCAGAAGCAGCAAAUAUUACAGAAAAGACACGUCACCUGUCAUUCCCUUAUGAGUCGAAAGGUUAUUUGACGGAAAUUCCAUCUACAUUGUUCAAUGCAGGUACAUGUCUCCGAACGUUACUUUUGCCAUCCUCCAUAAAAGUAAACGAAACAUGUCUCCGAAAGAUUAUUUCGAGAUUCAGGUGCCUACGCGUGUUGGAUUUGCAUAUGCGGGGGAUCGAAAUGUUACCAGGUUCAAUUGGGAAGUUGAAGCAACUAAGGUAUCUUGACCUUUCUUCGAACAGCAGUAUGAAACGACUCCCUGAAUCUAUUACCUGCCUGGUGAAUUUACAGACGCUGAAGCUCUCUGGGUGUGAGGAACUCGAAGAAUUGCCUAGGGAUAUUGAGAAUUUAGUCAACUUGGUGCAUCUUGAUUUGGAUCGGUGUGUAAGUUUGAGACGUAUGCCGCGCGGAGUGGGGCAGCUGUCUUACCUUCGAACAUUGAGUCGGUUUGUGGUGGGCAAGAAUGCAACCACAAGCGGUGGACUCAGCGAGUUGAAAGGGUUAAAUAAUCUGGAAGGGAAGUUGAAGAUUGUAAUCAGGAGAAGGAUAAAAAGUGCAGAAGCAUCGGAAGCGAAUUUGAAGGAGAAGCAACACCUUCGAGACCUGGAAUUGGAGUGGAGGCAAGAAAGCAAUGAGGAUGGGGAGGAGGAUGAUUAUGAAUCAGUGUUGGAAGGCCUUCAGUCGCCCCCAAAGCUGAGAGAAUUGGUGAUAAGAGGGUACGGUGGAAGAAGGUGGCCAAGUUGGAUGAUUAACAUGCAAUCUUUCACUAAGCUUGAAGAGCUUCAUCUAUGGGGAUGCCCCCAACUAGAAUCACUGCCGGAUGGGAUGCGUUGCCUCACCUCACUUCGAGAGCUUCAUCUACAGGAAUGCCCCCAACUAGAAUCACUGCCGGAUGGGAUGCGUUGCCUCACCUCUCUUCAAGAGUUGUGGAUUGUCCUGUGCCCUAGGCUAUUGAGCUUGGGAGACGAGGAAAGGUUCAGAGGCUUAGCGUCUCUCAAGACGCUCUCUAUUAAGGGAUGUGAUGGUCUCAAGGCUUUGCCUGUUCGAGGUAUUCAACAUCUAAUUUCCCUGAAGGAGCUUCAUAUUUCAACUUGCAUAGAGAUGGAAUUGUUAGAUGAUGAUGAUGAUGAUGAUGAUGAUUAUGAUGAUGGCAAGCAAUGGGAGAACCUCAACAAAAGUCUCCGGGAAGUGAGAAUUAAAGGAAUUCCAAAGAUGGUGCGUCUGCCUAGGUGGCUUCAGCAUUGCACAUCUCUGCAGGCUUUACGGAUUAAAGAAUGCAGGGGUUUGGGGAAUUUACCAGAGUGGAUGGGCAACCUCACUUCGCUUCAAGAGCUUCGUCUAUGGGGAUGCCCCCAACUAGAAUCACUGCCGGAUGGGAUGCGUUGCCUCACCUCUCUUCAACAGUUGCGUAUUUAUCAAUGCCCACUUUUAGAGAAAAGAUGCGAAAAAGAAACAGGGGAGGAUUGGCGCAAGAUCGCUCACAUCCCCUCAAUACGUACAUGGUGAUGUGCACCCUCUUCCAAAUUUGGAUUGUUUCCUAACUGCCAAGCCAAAUUAGCCAAUAGGUUU